CCAAUGAAGUAACAAAGUAAACAAAUUUGCAGAAACAUCAAAUAUCAUUAUCUUUCUUUUCUUUCAAAUUUUAUCAAUAUCAAGAACCCAUUUCAUUUGAGAACUCAAUAUGAGAAAAAUCCUACUGAAAUCCCUCUAUCCAAUCAUCGGUGGGAGAAGAACAAAGAGCCCAUUUAAACCCGACCCGAAUCCCAGAUGGGUCUUCACCAUAGCUGCACCACCACCACCUGAAUGGGUCCAACCCAUUAAUGACACUUCAAACCUCAUCACAACCCACCCCCCUAAACCCUCACCUUGGGUUCACCAAAUUCUCAAUCUUUUUGACAAUCUUGAUUCACUGCCAAUUGAACCCAAGCUAGAUGCUUUUUGUGAUAAGUGGUUCAUUAGAUUAUCUCCCAAUUUUGUAUCCUAUGUUCUGAGUUCGGGCCGGCUCAAAACCCGGCCCGAACUUGCUUUUCGGUUUUUCAAAUGGGCAGGUAUGCAAAAGGGUGGUGGAUAUAGUUAUGUUCCUAAUAUAGAAUGUUAUGUUUACUUGAUUGAUAUUUUAUGUAGUUGUAAUGAUUUUGAUAGAGUUAAACUUGUUUUUAAUGAGCUUAAAUUAAAGGGCUUUUUGAUAAAUGUAAAGUGUGCUAAUUUGUUGAUUAAGUCAUUUGGAAAUGUGGGUAUGGUUGAAGAAUUGUUGUGGGUGUGGAAAGAAAUGAAUGUAAAUGGGAUUAAACCGAGUUUGUUUACGUUUAACUUCUUGAUAAAUGGUUUGGUUAACUCGUUGUUUAUCGAGGCUGCUGAACAGGUUUUUGAAGUUAUGGAAAGUGGGAAUGUUAAACCUGAUACUGUUACUUUUAAUACGAUGAUAAAAGGGUACUGUAAAGUUGGUAAAACGAAGAAUGCCGUUGACAAGUUUGAACGAAUGGAGAAGAUGAACGUUGAGCGUGAUAAGAUUAGUUAUUUAACUUUGAUGCAAGCUUAUUAUUCAGAUAGUGAUUAUGAUUCUUGUUUGAAACUAUACAACGAAAUGGAAGAAAAAAAGAUUGAAAUUCCACAACAUGGUUAUAGUUUAGUGAUUGGUGGUCUUUGUAAAGACGGGAAGCCGAUGUUAGGUUAUAUGGUUUUUGAAAAUAUGAUUAAAAAGGGUUGUAAAGCUAAUGUUGCUAUGUAUACUGCUUUAAUGGACGCAUAUGCAAAAGCCGGGCAUAUAGAUGAGGUUAUAAGGCUUUUUGAAAGAAUGAAUAAGGAUGGUUUUAAACCAGAUGAGGUCACAUAUGGUGUUAUUGUGAACGCUUUGUGCAAAACUGGGAGAUUCGAAGAGGCAAUAAGGUAUUUUCAAUUAUGCAAAGAGAAUAAAGUGGCGGUUAAUGCAAUGUUUUAUGCAAGUCUUAUAGAUGGGUUUGGAAAAGCCGGGAGAUUAGAUGAAGCUGAGAAGCUUUUUGAAGAAAUGGUUAAGGAUGGAUGCACUCCUGAUUCAUAUUGCUACAAUGCACUUAUUGAUGCAUUAGUGAAAAACGAAAAGAUUGAUGAAGCUUUAAUGGUUUUUAAUAGGAUGGAAAUCGAGGGCUGUGAUCAAACGGUAUAUACAUACACAAUCAUUAUGAAUGGAUUAUUUAACAAGCAUCGAAAUGAAGAAGCUUUAAAAAUUUGGGAUUUGAUGAUCGAUAAGGGUAUAACACCAACAGCUGCUUCAUUUCGGGUUCUUUCAACUGGGCUUUGCCUUUCAGGUAAAGUGUCACGAGCAUGUAAGAUAUUGGAUGAGUUGGCACCAAUGGGUGUUGUUAUAGAAACGGCCUGUGAAGAUAUGAUUAAUGUUCUUGUUAAAGCAGGUCGGGUUGACGAAGCAUGUAAAUUGGCUGAUGGGAUUGUUGAUAGGGGGCGGGAGAUACCUGGGAGGGUUCGUACAGUUUUUAUUAAUGCGUUGAGGAAAUCUGGAAAUUCUGAAAUGGCAAUAAAACUCAUGCAUUCUAAAAUUGGGAUUGGGUAUGAAAGGAGGGGUAGCGUUAAGAAGCGAGUAAAGUUUAGGAUGCUCGUUGAAAAGUGAGCCUCUUGCAGAACCUUCUUAUAACUUUGCAGUAUAUCGGCUGGUUGAGCUUCUUAUUUGAUAUGUUCGGUCUCAUACUUUUCAUUAUCUACAUUGUUUUCAUACGUUUGGACAUGAAUCAGCAACGCUUGGACUGCAAAACUGUUGUUAUCAAUCUAAUCUACUCAUAAGUUUAUUAGGGAUGACGUUUGAAGAAACGGAAGAGGAGAUCGAGGAGCACUAAAAUGGAGUGGUAUUUUGCUUAUUACACUAUGGAUCAAGUGUUGAAACCAGAGAACAUAUUUUCAUUUGACAACUUAAAUGUGUGAUUCCGUCUAACCUUCCCCCAAGUACUGAAUUAACAGAGUUCAAAACUUAACUCAAGAAUAAGCUGAACAUAGCUUGGCAAGCACUGGGCAGGAAAAUUCAUAGGCCACUGUUGGGAUUGAGAAGACAGGUUUGUGAAGAAAAACUCAGUAAAAAAGAAGAUCAAAAUAUCACAUCGCCGGGUUUUAGAAUAAAGCUAAUACGCAUCCCCCGAACAAAAAGAGCAAGAUACUCCUAAAUCAUUUGACUCAUCUCCUGUGAAAUUAGAUGUUGCAGCACAAGUUCAUAUCACGAAACACAGUACAUUCAUUAUUGCCUAUAGGCCUCUGUGCAAAUUACGGUGAGAAUGCUAACUUAGAGGCGAGUGGCUUCCCAUUGCGAUCUCCUAAACAAGUGAACCAAGACAAUAUGGAUGAGGUUGAUGAUGAUGAUGAUGACCCCAUACUCUGAAUAGAGGUGAGAAAGCUGGGUGAAAGUCUAUAUUUUGAUAAUAUUAGUUGCACUAAAAUGAUAAUAUUUAAUGACUUUUAAUUAUGAUUGCUUUUGGUAUCCUUGAUGUAAAUCCGGUGUUUAAGCCUAUCUGUGAACCACGUUUGGUUGUCCAAAUUCCUUUGUACAAAUUUUAAGUUUCAACAUUUACUUUCCUAAAA